AUGAAGUCUACCAGCCUAUUCCUCUUUUCUCUGCUCCUCCUCCUGGUGACAGGAGUCAUCGGAAGGAAAACUAAGGAAAAAUUCUUGCAGUCGGAAGAAACUGUCAGCGAGAGCUUUGUAUCAGGCGCUGGAGACAGAGGCCCUUCGUCAAGUACUUCUGAUGAAUUAUCUCGAGAUAAGCCACAUGGCUCCUUUGGAGAGGAAGCUUCUGAGGAAAUAAGUAGUAGCAGAAGAAGUAAGCAUGUCUCUAGGACUUCCGGUGGUUCUAAUCUGGAAGGCGAGAGCUCAUAUUCGAAGAAGAAGAGGAGCCGGUUUUCUCAAGACUUAUCAGGUUGA